AUGUUGGUUAAAAAAAUUGCUGCUGUUGCUACUACUGCUACUGCUGCUACUACUGUUGCUGCUGCUCCUCCUCCUCCUGCUGCGGCUGCCACUACCACCACCACCACCACCACUGCCACUGCUACUGCUGCCAUUGCCGCCGAGGUUGCCGCCGCCGCUGCUCCUGCUGCUCCUCCUGCUCCUGCUCCUCCUCCUCUUGCUGCUGCUGCUACUGCUGCUCCUACGACUACUGCCACUACUGCUACUACUACCACUAUUAUCACUACUGCCACUACUGCUGCUACUACCACUAUCACCACUACUACCACUACCACCACUACUACCACUACUACUGCUGCUGCUGCUGCUACUACUUGCUAA